GAAACAAUUCUGCAAAAAUAAUCAUACUCAGCCUGGCAAUUGUCUGCCCCUAGCUCUGUUGCUCUGCCGCCGUCCACACUCGCUGCAAGGGGGGGGGGCAGAGAAUUUACCGCGGCAGGAACAUCCCUCCUGGCCAGCAGAUUACAAUGCUGCAAACUAAGGAUCUCAUCUGGACUUUGUUUUUCCUGGGAACUGCAGUGUCUCUGCAGGUGGAUAUUGUUCCCAGCCAAGGGGAAAUCAGCGUCGGAGAGUCCAAAUUCUUCCUAUGCCAAGUGGCAGGAGAUGCCAAAGAUAAAGACAUCUCCUGGUUCUCCCCCAAUGGAGAAAAGCUCACCCCGAACCAGCAGCGGAUCUCGGUGGUGUGGAACGAUGACUCUUCUUCCACCCUCACCAUCUACAAUGCCAACAUCGAUGAUGCCGGCAUUUACAAGUGCGUGGUCACUGCAGAGGAUGGCACCGAGUCAGAGGCCACGGUCAAUGUGAAGAUCUUCCAGAAGCUCAUGUUCAAGAAUGCGCCAACCCCGCAGGAGUUCAGGGAGGGGGAAGAUGCCGUGAUUGUGUGUGACGUGGUCAGCUCCCUCCCCCCAACCAUCAUCUGGAAACACAAAGGCCGAGAUGUCGUCCUGAAAAAAGAUGUCCGAUUCAUAGUCCUGGCCAACAACUACCUCCAGAUCCGGGGCAUCAAGAAAACAGAUGAGGGCACUUACCGCUGUGAAGGCAGGAUCCUGGCACGCGGGGAGAUCAACUUCAAGGACAUUCAGGUCAUUGUGAAUGUGCCGCCCACCGUCCAGGCCAGACAGAGCAUAGUGAAUGCCACCGCCAACCUCGGCCAGUCCGUCACUCUGGUGUGCGAUGCCGAAGGCUUCCCAGAACCCACCAUGAGCUGGACAAAGGACGGGGAGCAGAUAGAGAAUGAGGAGGAGGAGAAGUACCUCUUUAGCGACGACAGCUCUGAGCUGACCAUCAGAAAGGUGGACAAGAAUGACGAAGCCGAGUACGUCUGCAUCGCCGAGAACAAGGCCGGCGAGCAGGAUGCGUCCAUCCAUCUCAAGGUCUUCGCAAAACCCAAAAUCACCUACGUAGAGAACCAGACUGCCAUGGAACUAGAGGAACAGGUCACACUUACCUGUGAAGCCUCAGGAGACCCCAUUCCCUCAAUCACCUGGAGAACAUCCACCCGAAACAUCAGCAGCGAAGAAAAGGCUUCGUGGACUCGACCAGAGAAGCAAGAGACCCUGGACGGGCACAUGGUGGUGCGCAGCCACGCCCGCGUGUCGUCCCUGACCCUGAAGAGCAUCCAGUACACAGACGCCGGGGAGUACAUCUGCACCGCCAGCAACACCAUCGGCCAGGACUCUCAGUCCGUGUACCUCGAAGUGCAAUAUGCCCCCAAGCUUCAGGGCCCUGUGGCUGUGUACACUUGGGAGGGCAACCAGGUGAACAUCACCUGCGAGGUGUUUGCCUACCCCAGUGCCACAAUCUCGUGGUUCCGAGACGGUCAGCUGCUGCCAAGCUCCAACUACAGCAAUAUCAAGAUCUACAACACCCCGUCCGCCAGCUACCUGGAGGUGACCCCGGACUCUGAAAAUGAUUUUGGAAACUAUAACUGUACCGCAGUGAACCGCAUCGGACAGGAGUCUUUGGAAUUCAUCCUUGUCCAAGCAGACACCCCAUCAUCACCAUCCAUUGACCAGGUGGAGCCAUAUUCUAGCACAGCACAGGUGCAGUUUGAUGAGCCAGAGGCCACAGGCGGGGUGCCCAUCCUCAAAUACAAGGCUGAGUGGAGGGCAAUAGACGAGGAAGUGUGGCACUCCAAGUGGUAUGAUGCCAAAGAAGCCAGCAUGGAGGGCAUCGUCACCAUCGUGGGCCUAAAGCCCGAGACAACGUACGCGGUCCGGCUGGCGGCCCUCAACGGCAAGGGUCUGGGCGAGAUCAGCGCAGCCUCCGAGUUCAAGACGCAGCCAGUCCAUAGCCCUCUUCCACCGGCUCCUGCUAGCUCUUCCACCCCUGUUGCAUUGUCUCAUCCAGAUACAACCUGGCCUCUUCCUGCCCUUACCACCACCAAACCAUCUAGGGAACCCAGUGCACCUAAGCUCGAAGGGCAGAUGGGAGAGGAUGGAAACUCUAUUAAGGUGAACCUGAUCAAGCAGGAUGACGGCGGCUCCCCGAUCCGACACUACCUGGUCAAGUACCGAGCGAAGCUCUCCUCCGAAUGGAAACCAGAGAUCAGGCUCCCGUCUGGCAGUGACCACGUCAUGCUCAAGUCCCUGGACUGGAAUGCCGAGUACGAGGUCUAUGUGGUGGCUGAGAACCAGCAGGGAAAGUCCAAAGCAGCUCACUUUGUGUUCAGGACCUCGGCCCAGCCCACAGCCAUCCCAGCCAACGGCAGCCCCACCUCAGGCCUGAGCACGGGCGCCAUCGUGGGCAUCCUCGUCGUCACCUUCGUCCUGCUCCUGGUGGCCGUGGACGUCACCUGCUACUUCCUGAACAAGUGUGGCCUGCUCAUGUGCAUCGCCGUCAACCUGUGCGGAAAAGCCGGGCCUGGAGCCAAGGGCAAGGACAUGGAGGAGGGCAAAGCCGCCUUCUCGAAAGAUGAGUCCAAGGAACCCAUCGUGGAGGUGCGAACUGAGGAGGAGCGGACCCCAAACCACGACGGAGGGAAACACACAGAGCCCAACGAGACCACGCCACUGACGGAGCCCGAGCUGCCUGCUGACACCACAGCCACUGUUGAGGACAUGCUGCCUUCUGUCACCACCGUCACCGCUAACUCUGACACUAUCACCGAAACCUUUGCCACUGCUCAGAACAGCCCCACCAGUGAGACCACCACCCUCACCUCCAGUAUCGCCCCCCUGGCCACAGCCACCCCUGACUCAAACUCUGUGCCCGCCGGCCAGGCCACCCCUUCCAAGGGGCCCGGCGUCGCCGCCACCUCCCCGCCCCCAGCCUCAGCCCCCAAGGUCGCCCCCCUCGUUGACCUGAGCGACACCCCGACCUCAGCCCCCGCCGCCAGCAACCUGUCCUCUAGCGUCCUGGCAAACCAGGGGGCCGUGCUCAGCCCCAGUGCCCCUGCCAGUGCGGGCGAGGCCCCCAAGGCCCCUCCGGCCAGCAAGCCGGUCCCCCCCGCGGCCGGGGCAGCCGGUCCCCUAGCAGUGGCACCGACGACCCCCACCCCAGAAGCCCCCCAGGCCAAGCAGGAGGCUCCCGGCACCAAAGGUCCGGACCCUGAGCCCACCCAGCCCGGCGCCGCGAAGAGCCCGGCCGAGGCAGCCAGGGCCCUCGCCAGCCCGAAGAGCGAGGCGGCCUCCAUCAGCACCACAAACCCUUCCCAGGGCGAGGACUUUAAAAUGGACGAAGGGAACUUCAAGACCCCAGAUAUUGACCUUGCAAAGGAUGUUUUUGCAGCCCUGGGCUCUCCUGCUCCCGCCGCUGGGGCCAGUGGACAAGCCCCUGAGCUUGCUGCUUCCACUGCUGACGGCUCUGUUCCUCCUGCACCAGCCAAGACCGAGAAGGGUCCUGUAGAAGCAAAGCCGGAGUGCCAGGAGACAGAAACGAAGCCAGCGCCAGCCGAAGUCAAGACGGUCCCCAACGAUGCCACACAAACAAAGGAGAACGAGAGCAAAGCAUGAUGGGUGACGAGACAUCAGCAAAGAUCAAAAUAAAAAGUGACACAACAGCUUCACCGGAGAAUCUCCAAUAUCUCAUACACACACACACACACACACACACACACACACACACACACACACAUCUCAUUCCUCUAGUGUCUUUUGCCUUUAAAAAAAAAAACUAAGCAGAUCAACGUGGGAUCUCCUUUUUGUAGAUUUAUAGAAAGGGUUCCUUUGUUGCACACUCACUUGUAAGAAAAUGAGACAAAAAGGUGAAACCCACAGCCAAACUAGGACUCUCCGUUCCCUGAAACCAUUUAAAAAUCAAACAAAAGGACCCCAAAUUAAGAAUCUAGGAAGCUCAGAAAAAUAAAAAAAUCUAGGUUCAGGAAGACCGCACUUGGUGUUGCCCAACUGGCACAGACCAGGUUCAGAGAAAUACUUCCAGACACUAAGACUAACCGAAUGAACAAAGUCCAAGUUUAUUUUUAUACUUUCAGUCGAGUUUGAACUCUGUAAAACCUCAUAAAUAAGUUAUAAUUUCUGUUCACUUUGUAUUUGUUCAGUAUGCAAAGUGUGUCACCCUUUCUAGCUGAAUUCAAUUCCCACAUAGACUCUUGUUUUGUAGGAAGAAUGCCAAAUUGCAGCUUCUGGGGGUAGAUCUCAAUUUGCAGUAUACGGAUUUCUUUUCCUUUCCUUUUCUUUUUCCUUCUCUUUUUUACCUUUCUGCCAACUUGGCUUUCCAGUGUUUACAAGUUGACAAAUGUUUGACUUCAGUUGUGUUUCAAUGUCCGUGUAAAAUAGCUGCCUUUUUUUUUUAAGUUACAAGUACUGCCUAGGGGUGUAGGAUCAUCACAGGACAGCUUCACGAAAUCUGAUUGUUUACAGUGGCUCUUCCCCGCUUUCUGAUUUGAAAUUUUUGCCUGUGUGCGACUCAGGUGAAAAUCCAUCUCGUUCUGGAAUGGUUUUGCUUUCGGGUUUUCAGUUCUUUUUUGUUUCCUAGGGGGUUAGACCACUUCUGAUUAGCUACCACCUGCCUGUAUCUGUGAAAAGGGUCUGCUCCCCAGGCAUCCCUGUCCUUCCUUUUGAAGGACUCUUAGGCUUUGUUGAAUGAAGCAGAGAAGAUUGUAUAGUUGGGGCUGGUCUUGGUGAACACACAUUUUUACCCCAAACAUCCCCUUUUUUGUAGAAAGCCAAAUAAAAUAUAUACGUACAAUUUCCUUUUGAGCCCAGAAUCUAGAUUUGAGCGGAAGAGCAUGUGUGCUUCAGGGAAUUAGUGUCUUUUUUUGGAAGUCUGUUGAAGUAAAAUAACAUCGGCCUUCUGUUCACUUAGGCAGCGUUUGUAGAAACAAAAGAGAGAGAAAAAAAAAAAAAACCAACCUGCUGUCUGGAGUCAUAACACAACUUUCCUGGAUUGGAAACCAAGUGGGGGAAAGAAAAAUACAGAAACUUUAAGGGGGAUGGGAGGGGGGAGAAGGGAAAAGCCAGCCCUUUGUAUAGACAUUUUGCUUUUUUUUCCUCAUUCUACUUUAGAACUGCAAGCUUGUGCACUGUGGAUGCGUGAAUAUUUUAGUGUGAAACGUGUUUUUGUCAUAGUAUUGAAAUAAAACUUCAACAUAGUUUGGUUGUGGAAGGUAUAGCAGAUAGUUCAGAAAAAGAUAUUCAGGAAACAAAAAUAAAUCUUGAAAGGAAUUGAAGCCUUUAAACAAAGAAAAUGAAGUAAAAGCGAUUGUGAUAAUGAAGAUGAUAAGUCAACAGAAAUCAGCACUCUGCAGGUACCUUUCGCAAGGUACGAAACAGCAAGAGGUUAGGGUAGCAAGACUUCCCCUGAGUCUGUUCUGUGGGGCACACCCCCCAGUGUUCUGACACUUCUGCAGACUAAUCUGUGGCGCUAUGCUAGAUAAUCAUAUCAAACUGUGAACAAUAAUGGUCUUGUCAGUUGCUCAAUGUGGGGUUAUUUUGCAUUUUCUCAGCUCCUGGGGAUGGAAAAGGAGGAUCCCAGUCUGCACAGCUCUGGCCCUUAGAUGUUAGGGCUUGCACAAAUCUAUGGUUCGAAUGCACAGGCCCUCAGGAACAAGUCAGGUGAGGACAGUUGUCAGAGCACACAGAGCGCACAGCAGAUGGGAGCUCCUGGGCGUCUGAGACAGACGGGGAGGACUCAGCAGGGAGUGGUGGGCUCUUCCGGUUCCCCAGGUUUUCAGUGGAAUCAAUUCCUCAUCUUGUGAUGUUAAUGGCUUUGACUACCUAGGCCAAGCCCACACUAUACCUCGUCAAGACUGUGCAUCUCACUCCAAGGGGUUGUGGUCAGAUAAACUGAUUUCGGUUCCGGUGGUUAGGAAGAGAAAGAGGUAUGGUCAACCCUCAGAUAACCUGGCCCAGGGCAGCUGACUCCCCUGCCCCCUCCCUAAACCCUGACUCUGCCAUUGGCUGGAACCCAAAACUCUGCCAACCUUUUGUUUUGCCUCUCUCCCAUCAUACAUAGAUUUGUCUCUGCAUGCGUGAGCUUUCUUUUCUUUUUUUUUAAAAAAAAAAAAAAGAAAGAAAGAAACAGAGCAAUGCUUUCUUUAAAAUCAAAGAGGGAGUCACUUUCUUUUCAAGACGUUCUAUCUUUUAUGUUAAAGGGUAAAAGCUUAUAGUUUUCCUUUUUUUAAUUUUUUGAAGGAGGGAUCACUCUAUCGGUUUCCAGUGUCUAUGUGUCUAUAUGUGUAUGUGCCAUACAUAUGUAUUCACAUAAAUACCGGUGUGGCCAGGUUCUGCUGGAGGGGCACUCAAGUGCCAUGCACGGGGCCUCGGAACCCUGAAGGGCCGUAGUAUAUAUAGUGCAGCUUUGAAGUGGAACGCUAUUUUCACACUUUUCUAUGGAGCCUUCCAAGUCCCAGGUUUUCACUGUAGGCUGUCUGUCUGGAUGGUGGUUAUCAGAUCUCCAUUAACAUCUCUACCCAGCAUUCCCGACUUCGGGGGCCUUCUCUCUUGUUACAAACUUUUUACCAAGUGAAACAUCGAUACCACCUUUGUUUCCAUUCUCACUGGU